AAUGAUAGUACUAUAUGUUGGUGAUUGUAUAAUAUCACCAUUAUACUGAAUUUUUUCCUAACCUUUUCAGUAAUGGGAUAAGAUCAGUAGGCUACUACCGCUACAUACCUCCUUCAAAUUUCGUUUUAGUGGGAGCUCCAUAUAAGUCAGCUCUUAAUCAAAUAGUUACAUUGUCAUGUGUAUGUCUCACUGUCCUUGCUCUAAAAAGUGUUUGCUUCCUCCUCUAUAUGAGUAGAAGGCAAGUGUGCAAUAAUUCAACAAAAAGCUAAGUUCUCUCAAUCUCAUGAGCUUUGUGGGCAUUUUCUAGUACUUUAAUAUGAUAAAAAAACCUCUUUCCCAAAUGGGUUUUUGCUCAUUCCAAAUUCCAGUCACUUUGCGGCGACUCGUAGCGGUUUUUACGAUGUUCAUGGCAAUAUCAGGACGACUAGCAGAUUGCAAAUGUGCUUUUGAGGCUAUUUUCAACUUUGGCGAUUCGAAUUCCGACACGGGCGGGUUUUGGGCAGCUUUUCCCGCAGAGUCCGGGCCUUUUGGGAUGACCUACUUCAAGAAACCGGCCGGUCGGGCUACUGAUGGGAGGCUCAUGAUUGAUUUCUUAGCUCAAGCUCUAGGGUUGCCAUUUUUGAGCCCAUAUUUGCAAUCAAUUGGAUCAGAUUACAGACACGGGGCCAACUUUGCAACAUUGGCAUCAACAGUUCUCCUGCCAAAAAGUUCCCUAUUUGUCUCUGGGCUAAGCCCUUUUGCUCUGGCCAUUCAGCUCAACCAAAUAAAGCAUUUCAAGGUUAAAGUUGAUGAACCUCAAUCUAAUGGAUCAAACAAUCUUCCACAGCCAGACAUAUUUGAAAAAUCAAUAUUCACGUUCUAUAUUGGUCAGAAUGACUUCACUUCCGACUUAGGAUCUCUUGGCAUGAGUGGAUCAAAGAUUAUGCUUUCUCAAGUGGUUUCCCAAAUUGCCGCCACCAUUAAGGAAUUAUACGGGCUAGGAGGACGGACAUUUCUGGUACUUAAUCUAGCACCGGUGGGUUGUUACCCGUUGUUUUUGGCGGAGCUACCACACAACAGCUUCGACCUUGACGCAUUCGGAUGCGUAAUUUCCUAUAACAAUGCAGUGGUGGACUACAACAACAUGUUGAAGGAAGCUCUGAAUCAAACCAGACAAGCAAUCCCAGAUGCUUCUCUGAUAUAUGUGGAUACUCAUGCUGUUCUGCUGGAGCUCUUCCAGCACCCCACAUCUCAUGAAUUGAAGUAUGGUCCAAGAGCAUGUUGUGGAUAUGGGGAUGGAGAUUACAAUUUUGACCCUAAGGUGUACUGUGGAAACACUAAGGUGAUCAAUGGGAGUACUCUCACAGCAACAGCUUAUAGUGAUCCGUACAACUAUGUGAGUUGGGAUGGAAUACAUGCCCUGAGGCUGCAAACAAGCUUGUCACAUAUGCUAUUCUCAAUGGCUCUUACUUUGAUCCUCCAUUUCCUCUUCAUCAGCUUUGUGAUCUCAAACCUAUAGACUAAUGUAUUUAUCUUUCUGAACUUAGGAUUGUAAU